AAGCUGGUGCACAGGCUUGCAGCGGAGCCCAUCGCAGUUGACUGUUUGAGCAGCCCACCCCUCUCUCUGCAGUAUGCAUGUUUGCCAGGGACUCGCGUUCACGUCCCUGCAGUGUACUUCACCGGCCAGAGACCAUCUACUGAAGAGUCGAGGAUAGGCCUAAUAAAAUUGGAUGUGGCAGGCGGACCGGAGGCGGAAAGCCCGGAGUGACCGGAGGAAUACAGUAUUACUACAGGAAUACAGGCUGCCGCUCUCCUCUGAACGUGGACAAUCAUGCAUGUGCUCUUCUGGGGCUUGGGGUUCCUACUAUUCCCUGAUUUCUUGAAUGUAGUCGCAUCUACGGGGAAAUUGCUUUUGAAUUCAAGCACAGUAAAAGAGGAGAUCGGCGCUUAUGAGAUUGUAACACCGGUGCGAGUGAAUGAAGCCGGUGACAAGUUUCCAACCAGUGUGCACUUCAAGAGGAAAAGACGAAGUUUGGACGAGAGCACCGGCAAUACUACGGAUCACUGGGCCUCGCCAAAUAUUCACUACAGGAUAUCUGCUUUCGGACAGCAUUAUCACCUCAACCUCACGCUGGAUUCGGGAUUUAUCGCACCUCUCUACACUGUGACAGUACUUGGAGUGCCCCGAGGAGAUAACAUAACGGAUUUUGCAACAGACGGGGAGGUGGAGGAGGAGGACACGGAGUUAAGGCACUGCUUCUAUAAAGGACUUGUAAAUGCACAAGCAGAACACGCCGCGGUCAUCAGUUUGUGCUCCGGACUGCUUGGCACUUUCAGGUCUCCACAAGGGGAAUAUUUUGUGGAGCCCCUACACAGCUAUCAAGGAGAACACUAUGAAGAGGAACACACAAAACCUCAUAUUGUAUACAGGAAGAGUGCACCCAAGAAACAGACAUCUGGGGAGGACUCAGCUUGUGACACUUCAGGGCACAAACACAGACACAAGAGACACAAGCUUAAGAGAAGGCCAGUGGCCGGGGUGACCACUGUGUCCAAUGCAGCCCCUGUGGUCAGCGCCGGUAUAUUCAGUGCUGUGGAGUCACUGGGUGCCAGCCUGGCCAGCAAUGCUUUGCUCAGAUCAGAGAGCGGCAGUGCUAGCGCUAGACCAUCAAAUGAUAGCAGCGGUGACUCAGGACCUCACAGGAGAUCAAAGCGCUUCCUCUCCUACCCGCGCUUUGUUGAAGUCAUGCUGGUGGCCGACAGCAAAAUGGUGGAGCAUCACGGCAGCAACCUACAGCACUACAUACUCACACUAAUGUCCAUCGUAUCAUCCAUCUACAAGGACCCCAGCAUCGGCAACCUGAUCAACAUUGUAAUUGUAAAAUUAGUCAUAAUAAACAACGAGCAGGAUGGUCCAGUCAUUUCAUUUAAUGCACAGACCACUUUAAAGAACUUCUGCAUUUGGCAGCAGAGCCAGAACAUCCUGGAUGAUAACCACCAUUCCCAUCACGACACUGCCAUCCUAAUUACCAGGCAGGACAUCUGCAGAGCAAGGGAUAAGUGUGACACCUUAGGACUUGCAGAGUUGGGGACGGUGUGUGAUCCAUACAGGAGUUGCAGCAUCAGCGAGGACAAUGGACUCAGCACUGCAUUCACCAUUGCCCAUGAACUUGGCCAUGUGUUCAACAUGCCUCAUGACGACAGUAACAAGUGUAAGGAGGAUGGAGUUAAGAUUCAGCAACAUGUGAUGGCUCCCACCCUUAACUACAACACAAACCCUUGGAUGUGGUCCAAGUGUAGCAGGAAGUACAUCACAGAGUUCCUCGACACAGGAUAUGGUGAGUGCUUGCUCGACGAGCCCGUUUCUAGGCCGUACAGUCUCUCGCAGCAGCUGCCUGGACGGAUAUACAAUGUCAAUAAACAGUGCGAAUUGAUAUUUGGGCCAGGAACGCAGGUGUGCCCUUAUAUGACUCAGUGUCGGAGGCUGUGGUGCACCAGUCCAGAGGGCGCCCAGCGGGGCUGCAGGACUCAGCACAUGCCGUGGGCAGACGGCACUGACUGCUCCCCUGGAAAGCACUGCAAACACGGCCUGUGUAUAGCCAAAGAGCACGAUGCCACACCUGUGGAGGGGGCAUGGGGAGUCUGGAGCCCUUUCGGUACCUGUUCGCGGACUUGCGGCGGGGGCAUCAAGAUCGCCGUGCGUGAAUGCAACCGACCCGUGCCCAGGAAUGGAGGAAUGUAUUGCGUGGGUCGCCGAAUGAAGUUUCGUUCCUGUAAUUCUGAGCCCUGCUCCAAGCAGAAGAAGGACUUCAGGGAGGAGCAAUGUGCGGCUUUUGAUGGCAGGCACUUCAACAUCAACGGUCUACCUCCUAAUGUUCGCUGGGUGCCCAAGUACAGUGGAAUCCUGAUGAAGGACAGGUGUAAGCUGUUCUGCAGGGUGGCAGGCAGCACGGCCUACUAUCAACUCAGGGACAGGGUCAUUGAUGGCACGCCGUGCGGACCCGAUACCAACGACAUCUGUGUCCAGGGCCUGUGCAGGCAAGCGGGCUGUGACCAUGUAUUGAACUCCAAAGCCAGGAGGGACAAGUGUGGCGUGUGCGGAGGUGACAACUCUUCCUGCAAAACUGUGGCAGGCACCUUCAACAUCGUCCGCUAUGGCUAUAAUGAAGUUGUGCGAAUACCCAGUGGUGCUACAAAUAUAGAUGUACGUCAACACAGCUACUCAGGGAAACCGGAGGAUGACAACUACCUCGCCAUAUCAAAUAGCCGUGGAGAGUUCCUGCUUAAUGGAGAGUUUGUGGUCAGCAUGUUCAAAAGGGAAAUCAAAGUAGGAAAUGCCAUCAUCGAGUACAGUGGUUCUGACCAUGUCAUUGAGAGGAUCAACUGUACUGACCGCAUCGAGGAGGAGAUCAUUGUCCAGGUGCUGUCUGUGGGGAACCUUUACAACCCAGAUGUCAGGUACUCCUUCAACAUCCCCAUAGAAGACAAACCUCAGCAGUUCUUCUGGGAUGCCUAUGGGCCCUGGCAGGAGUGCAGCCGCCUGUGCCAAGGAGAGCGCAAGCGGAAGAUUCUGUGUAGCAGAGAGUCAGACAGGGUGGUGGUGUCGGACCAGAGGUGUCACGGUACAGCCAGACCUGCUGUCAUCACUGAGCCCUGUAACACUGAAUGUGAACUCAGGUGGCAUGUUGCUCGUAAGAGUGAGUGCACAGCUCAGUGCGGCCUGGGAUAUCGUACCCUGGAAAUAUACUGUGCCAAAAUCAGCCGUGCAGAUGGUAAAACGCAGAAGGUUGAUGACCGCUACUGUAGCGGUCAGCGCAAACCUGAUGACAAGGAAGGUUGCCAUGGAGACUGUAACCCGGGUGGCUGGGAGUACUCGCCUUGGACAGAGUGCUCCAAGAGCUGCGGUGGAGGCACCCGCCGUCGAGGGGCAGUGUGUCGAAAGGCAGCCGAGGCUGGCGGUGAUGAGAGCAAAUGCAGUCAAAGGGACAAGAUGACCGUCCAACCCUGCAAUGAAUUCCUCUGUCCACAAUGGAAGACUGGCGACUGGUCUGAGUGCCUGGUGACAUGCGGGAAAGGCUAUAAGCACCGUCAGACGUGGUGUCAGUUUGGUGAGGACCGUUUAGAUGACCGCUUUUGUGGCUCAUCUAAACCUGAAUCGGUGCAGACGUGCCAGCAGCAGGAGUGUGCCUCUUGGCAGGUUGGACCAUGGGGACAGUGCACUACCUCGUGUGGGCCAGGCUACCAGAUGCGAGCGGUGAAGUGUGUAGUUGGCUCUUAUGGUGCUGUCAUGGAUGACACAGAAUGUAAUGCUGCCACCCGACCCACUGACACCCAGGACUGUGAACUGGCCCAGUGUCCCAGCAGCCACCCUGUUCCCCCAGGGACUAAAGUCCCCUCCCACCAGGGCCACAAAACCCAGUGGCGCUUUGGCUCCUGGACCCAGUGUAGUGCCAGCUGUGGCAAAGGGACACGUAUGCGCUACGUGAGUUGCCGUGACAACCAAGGUGGUGUGGCAGAGGAGUCGGCAUGCGCCCACCUACCAAAACCCCCUGCCAGAGAAGUGUGCUCAGUGGUGGCCUGCGGACAGUGGAAAGUGCUGGAAUGGACAGUGUGCUCAGUAACCUGUGGCCAGGGGAAGACGACACGGCAGGUACUGUGCGUCAACUUCAGUGACCAAGAAGUGAAUGCUAGUGAGUGUGACCCAGACGAUCGUCCUACCACAGAGCAGGACUGCGCUAUGUCUCAAUGCCCGUCCCGCUCCAGUGACUCCCGACCUUUCCCGUCCUCACCAAAUGCCAGCAACAGGAACAACCUGCCCCGCAGCCAAUCCCACCAAUGGCGGACUGGACCCUGGGGCGCGUGCUCCAGCACAUGUGCAGGAGGUUUCCAGCGCCGUGUAGUAGUGUGCCAGGAUGAGAACGGCUACCCUGCCAACAGCUGUGAGGAUCGCAGCCGGCCCAGUGAGCAGCGAUCCUGUGAGUCAGGGCCAUGUCCACAGUGGAUCUAUGGCAACUGGGGAGAGUGCACCAAGCCGUGUGGAGGUGGGAUCAAGACUAGGCUGGUGGUGUGUCAGCGUCCAAACGGCGAGCGUUUCAAUGAUCUGAGCUGCGAGAUCCAUGACAAGCCACCAGAUCGUGAGCAGUGCAAUACUCAGCCGUGCCCGUCUAGCCCCCACUGGAGCACAGACCCAUGGAGCUCGUGCUCUGCCUCCUGUGGAAGAGGAUUCAAGUCCCGUAAGGUGGGCUGUGUGACCGGGUCAGGCCGCCCCGUCCCAGAGGAAAACUGCCAGCAUCUGUCCCCCAAACCCAGGAAGCAAAGGCGCUGCAGAGGUGGACAAUGCCCUAAGUGGAAGACUGGCAACUGGGGAGAGUGUUCAGCAUCGUGUGGCGACGGCAUCCAGCGACGGGAGGUGUUCUGCCAGGUCGGAGCCCGCCGCAGCCCGCAGGAGACCGGCUGCUCCCAGCGCUCCAGACCGGCGUCCAGCCAGAGCUGCCGUGUGGCCGACUGCCCCUCCCGGUACCGGUGGAGAGAAGGAGACUGGCAGACGUGCAGUAAAUCAUGUGGAACGGGCCACCGACGACGAGCCUUGCAGUGCGUGGACCACAACCAGCAGGAGGUCCACGAGAUGUACUGUGUGAACCAGAUCAGACCUCCAGACAUAGAGAGCUGUAACACCCAUGCUUGUGAAUUGAUCUGGAUCACAGGAGAAUGGACUGAGUGCUCAGCCAGCUGUGGUCAGGGCUACCGCCAGCGUCUGAUCUCCUGCAGCGAGGUGCAUGUGGAGAAUGACAACUAUGAGUACGGCCAUCAGUCUUUGUCCAACUGCCCGGGGACCCCCCCUGAGAGCUACAUGCCUUGUAAUUUGGACCCGUGCCCGCAGCCACAGGAGUGGAGGGUUGGAAUCUGGGGACCAUGUUCAGCGAGCUGUGGUGAUGGUGUGAUGGAGAGGACGGUGCAGUGUGUGUCAGCAGAUGGUCAGGAAACCAAUAGGUGUUCUCAAGGUGCCAUGCCAGAGGCCAGGAAAGUUUGCAGAAAUCCAAGCUGCCAUCUGCCCUCUAGCUGUCAAGACGUCCAGAGCACAAACGGCCCCCUCCCAGACGGCGAACACCUUCUCAAUAUUCAAGGAAGAGCUCUCAAAGUCUACUGUGCAGGAAUGCAGACAGAGACUCCACAGGAGUACAUCACCUUGACGACCGGAGAAGGGGAGAAUUUUUCGGAGAUCUUUGGCUUCAGACUCAAUGACCCCACCCAGUGUCCAGCAAACGACUCCAGAAGAGAGGAUUGCGACUGUCGGAGAGACUACACCGCUGCCGGCAUCAGCACCUUCUCCAAAGUCCGCCUGGACCUCAGCAAGAUGAACAUCAUCACUACAGACUGGCAGUUUGCUGUCACCCGAGAAGGCAAGAGUGUUCCAUUCGCUACAGCUGGAGACUGCUACAGUGCCGCACGCUGUCCACAGGGGCGGUUCAGGAUCAAUCUCUCAGGAACAGGUUUUAAGGUGGCUGAGGACACCUCGUGGAUCUCCCAAGGCAACUAUGCAGUGGCUAAUAUACGAAAAUCACAGGAUGGCAGCAGAGUGUCAGGAAUAUGUGGAGGCUACUGCGGGAAAUGUACACCGUCCUCUGGCUCCAGUCUGCCUGUGAUAGUGGAGUAGAUCUAAUACCAUCAAACAGCAUCUAUGUCCAUUCAUCUCAGCAGUCCUCUUCAGGUCCUCAUUGUGUCAACACGUCCCUCCUCUUUGGUGCUACAGCCAAUUCAGAGCUCAAACUCACUCUGACCUCUCUCACUCCCAUGUGUGUAUAGUGUAAAUGAAUGUGGUGUAAGUACUGUACAUAGCAGGAUAAAAAAUGUCUUAUUUAUUGUACUCUCCAUUUAUUUUUGUAUUGUAAUAUAAUUUAACAGUUUUGUUGUCUAUAGCGAACACCACACAGUUACACACAGUUUAUCAGAGUUUUGCCAGAAUGUGCCUUCCAAUUUGGACAUUUGCCAUUUGGAGCUUUUCAUACUGUUGUUAAAUCACACUGCAUGUGUUACAGCCAUAUGUUCAUUUUUAGACCAGUUCAUUAUGUUGGGUUUAUUCCAGUUAUGUUAUUGUUGUGAUGGUCACCAGACCUGUUCAUAUUCAGGGAAGUGUCAGUCAGUGGGCUAUUUUUUUUAAUCACAUCACGGGCAAGAGUAGCGGACACAUACACAGAUACCCAGUAUAACUAUAGUCCUAUUUUAUACUGUGUGCCAACAAGCAGCUCCUUUAGAAGACUUUCUUGGUUUAGUGAAGUGAGAGUUUAGUGAUGUUCCCAGUCAGAUGGCACCAGUGAGUCCACUUCUAAGUUGUAGGUAACUGUUGCUGUAAAUUCAGUCCAGCUACUUCCUGGGCUGCUCUACUCUGUGACAGUCUACAACUUUCAGUGCUUUGCUCAUCAACAGCUUCUCAGCAAUUUUGAGGUGUUGUAUUUGUAGCCAAUUAUAUCCAAAAGUGUGGACCAGCUGGAUUGUGGUCAGGCUGCUCCACCUGCAUCUCUCCAGCUGUCAACUGCAGCUGUAUGUCUUCCUCCAGCUGGACAGGAGAGAGGAAAGUGCGAUAAAUAAUAACACACGGCAGGAAAAAGCCAGAGGCCUGUACUACAAAGCAGGAUUUGGGGUUAAUGAGGUAACUUCAGGCUCAAACCUAAGACUUUCUAUUUUCACUCUGGUUUUAAAACAGCAUCUGAAAAGAAGGAUAGAUCAUGUAAAACACUAAACACAUAAUGAUGAUUCUAGCUUCAUUUUAAUUGUGCAAAGUUUACUUUAUCCCCACAGUGAUAGCUGACAGUGUGGCUCAUUUUACAGUGAUUCCAUCACAGCAGCUCAGAAUAACACGAGACACCUGUGUGGUGAGAACAGGAAAUAAAGACUGUCUCUUUAUUAGAAAAUUAAUCCACACACUGUUAAUUGGCUCCCGUGGUUACACAAGUGACAUCAGUAAUUAACUACCUUCCCACUCUUUACGUCGGCAGCAGAGACAGUCUUUUGUUUUGACAUUAUUAGAGUAGUUCUUUUAUCAUCCAACUAAUAAGCAAAUACUCACUCUGAUGUUCUACUUAAGUCAUAUAGGCAGAUAUUUUAAGAGUUUGCCUAGUUUGAAUAUUUGGAAAUUCUUUCCAGUGUUUCUACAUUUUCUCAGUCUUAAAAUUAGAGGCUAUCAUUUACUCUGACGAAUAUUACUUCGCCCCCCACACACACACAAACACAAACACACACACACACACACACACACACACACAAAACCCUCACACACAGAAAGGUAUACUUUCUGUCAGCUGCAGAGCCGUGUACACAGCUCUCCUCUACUGGCAAUGGGAAAGGACUGUAUAGCAUAUUUUUAGCAGGUUUACCUGUGUUUUAAAAACCUGCGUACACACGCUAAUUUUGGUAAAAACGAGAUAUAUGUAUUAGGGUUAUAAAGCCAGAUAAGGAAAAGAUAUCUGAGGUAUGUUGAGCUUGAUUUCUAGUAAUGGCCUCUGGUGUUGCUGCCACAACAAACACACCUGCAUUUUGAAGAUACACCCAUAUUGAUACUGUAAUUUGAAGUAGUUUUACUGAAUGUCAAAAGACACUCUGGGGAUAAAGUCAAUUCAGUGUCUUUUAGUUUUGUACCAAAUAUAAGGUGAAACAGUGAGCACUCUGUUUUUCAGUAAGCCUGAAUAUCUGAACUGUCUAUGAUACAUACAUCAGCAUCAGCAUUUCAGAAAAGAUCCAUUCAUGCUUCUUGCUGAGUUGUAGCGAUCACAGCUGCGCCCUCUCUGCAGUAGGAGGACAGUGGGUAUUAGAGAGCAACUGUGAGGCAGUUGAAGGGAAUGAUGAUAAUGUAUGUUCCCAGAAUGAAGUGUGCUAAUGCCGACAAAGAGUUGGCGUGGAGGUGGGAUUUACAGGCCAGACGUAGGGAGGAAGUGAGACGUUUACCCAUGCACAAACACACUGUACACACACACAAACACACUGGAACACAUUACUGGGUCAUGAGUAGGAGGCUGUACUGUAGGUUACACGAACUGUAGAGAUUACGCUGCCAGACAUCAGAGAGAACCGAAUUCCUUUGUGUUGUUGCAUAUCUCUCAGGUAGCGUGCAGUGACCAGGGAAAGCCAUUAGCCUUUAGCUUUUACAGAACAGACAGGUUAGCUUAUCUGGAGCAACUUGAAAGAAAGACUUCACCUCAGGCCAAUAGAAUUCCAGUAGACACUCCGGAGAUAUGAUGCACUGGUUCGGCCCUGGAGACACCUCUAAAACUGCUGAGCCCACAGGCCCCGCAGCGUGAUUUCUGUCCAGAUGCUGCCUGUAAACUUUGCCUUCUGUACCUCACAUUCUUCCCUCCAUCUUUGUGUUUUUUUUGUUGUUGUUUUAUGAGUCUAUCCAAACUGUACAUACCGAUAUGCUCCUGUGUGGAGCAUUCUGACAUGUUGUUUUUGUGACAAUAUCAGGGUACUUUUUGUGUAUAUGUAUGUUUUUGUAUUCUUUUGCAGGUUUACACAGUUUUUAUGAGCAUUUUUUUUUCUGUUUCAGAAACAUUGAAAGACACAGGAAGAAUUCAGACAUUAUUUAAAGGAACAGUGUGUAAGAUCUAGGGGGAUUUAGUGACAUCUACUGGCAAAGAUUGCCAAUUGCAAUCAGCUGAAUCUUGUCCCAGUUAGAAUUCUUUUAAUGUCUGUUGUUCAGGAGGUUUUUAGAGUGAGUCGAAUUAUCUGCAGAGGUCUGCUCCUAUCCAAAACAAUGCGAUUGAAACUGAUAAAAAACACUGAAUAAAGCAGUUUCACAUUACAAAUCAGUGUUUCUCAGACACUGUUUGGCAUGGCAGAGAUGGCCGCUAGCCCAGCACCUGCUAAUGUGUGCUCACCUUUUUUCUCUGCCAACUUAAGAUCCAGACUUUCAUGAGGUUUUUACCAGGAGCCAAAUUGUCUUCAAAGGUCUCUUCCUCUCCAAAUCAGAUGUAUCUGGUGAUUUAAACCAGUAGAAACACAGAAUAAAGCAGUUUCACAGGGGCUGCAAACUACGGGGAAACCCGAAUGGCCCUGUCUGGAGCUAGUAUUUGGUUUGUCUGCUUUUGGAUACUGUAGAACAUGGUGGUGCAACGUAGCAGACUCCAUGGACGAAAACCCGCUCUGUAUGUAGAUAUAAAUGGCUCAUAAGGUAACAAAAACACAACUAUUUUUAUUUUCAAGUGAUUUAUACACCAACACACUUAGUGUAUUAUAUUCCAUUUCUGCCAAUGUGUCCCCCUAAAUCCUACAUGCUGGACCUUUAAGCCUUAACUGUGUAUAGGGUAGAUGUGCAGGGUGCAUAUUGUAUGUACAACUGUUUAAGAAGCCAUAUUUGCUUUUCUAAGCCUUUCUGUAUAUGGUGCUAUUUCUCAGCCUCACUGUAUGUGAUAAUGUGCACACUUCAGCCAAAGGGAAUUUCUUAAUCUGCCUCUAUACCAGUAUGAAAUUAUUUCUAAAGACACGGGGAAGUAAACAUUUUGUGUCUUACUGACAGUUGCAACUGAUAAAUGCACUUCUCAUUGUGAAUGUCAGAAGUUAAUCAAUAGAGUUCUCAGGUGUCAUAAAUGAAGGGAUUAUUAUGAUAUUUAAGUGUAUUUAUCUUAUUUUACACAUUUGCCACAUGUUUAUCAGGUAACUGAAAAAUGUAUUAUUAAAGUUUAACAAAGUGUCAUUAUAUUAUGCUUUAUUUUAUAUGCAAAUAUUUAUUUUAUCUUUUCUUUGUGUGAAUGUACAUAGGCUUUGACCAUAAAUGACUAUGAAUUACCAUUCAUUAUGGUCAUAAAAUGAACCGUCUGGCAACACAUUUCCUGUUUUGUGUAUACGUUUAUUUAUAAGUGUGUGUCAUAUCUGCGUACACUGUAUAAGCAGAGUUUGGUGCUGCCAUAUGAAAAGCAUGAUUUAUGUAUGAGAUCAGAUAAGCAAUGAUCAGAAGGAAAUAA